AUGGACCUCUUUCACCUUAGCGAUGACGAGUACAUCCGCCGGUUCGACCUCGCGAAGCUCACGGAGAUGUACCUCGAGAAGGUGGAAUCGGCACAACCCCAGACCCAGGCAGACGCCAACGCGGCCUCGCUAGAGUUUUUUAAAUCGGUGGCCACGGGAUCUGCGAUCAAGGGGCUUUCGUGGUCCCAGAUCAAGGAAAGGGAACUCUAUAUGAAAUGCUACAUUCACCUCUUUGUUCGGGUGUGUGCAGAUUUGCAGCCACACUCGAAGCAGGAUUGGAUGGAUGCCUGUACACUUGUAGUUCAUGACGUACCGUUCAAAGUGGUAGACACCGUCAUAGAUGCAUACAACGUCAAAAAGGCCCGCUUCCGGGGUCGGGUUUGCGACGGAUCGGCCUCUGGGCCGCGACAGGUUUUCGGAGAAGCCAUGACGUACUCACAGAGGCUACCAGAUCAAAUCGUGGAUAAAGCACAAUGGUUCAUUGCAUAUUUUAAGCACAUCCAAUCAGUUGAGUUCAUUGAGCAGCUUUUCGUUAAUCGCGAAGGCUCGGUCGAUAAACAGAGUCUUCUGUCCGAUCUUUCUUUGUUGGAAAGUAACGGUGAUAUAUCAGGCGAUAAGUUUACCGCAGUCCAGAUGAAGGUGGCUGUUGAUAGAUUGGCUCAGUAUGACUUUUGCUCCCUCGUUGCUGAACUUCUCUACCUGGUCACCGAGCUAUAG